AUGGUCGGCCCCCAGGAGGCCAUGCUCCAGUCGGACUGCAUGCAGGAGGGCCGCCAGAGCAAGACGAAGCACAUCUUCGUCGGCGACUCUCAGAUGAUGGCGCUCCGCAACGCGCUCCACCGCCUCAACGGGUGCCCCGAGAUCUGGUGGCACAACACCACCUGGGACCACCAGGAACUGCUUGCGUCGAUCCAGGCAGGCAGGCGCGUCAAGGAUAGCAAUGGCCGCUUCCACGCGAAGACGGACCAGACACCAGACGGAGACCUGCCCAAGGGGUGCAAGGAAGAGGGCAUCGCGUCCUUCAUCUUCUGGGAUGCCUGGCUUGAUUGGGAUAUCCCCCUCCAAGAUAUUCAGAAUGAGAUCAAGCUGCUCGGAGUCAACCCACACGAGGGUGACACUGUAGUAGUUUGGAUUGGCUCGAACGCUAUCUCGUCAACUGGCAGACAGGGUGUCCUGAGCAGCACGAUCGACAAGCUCCACUCCUUGGGAGUCAAGAUGGUGUGGGAUUCACCGACCUUCAUUGACGAUGCUUUGAUGGCCGCCACGACAUCCAAGGACAUGGGCACGGACUCGCACUCUGGCAUCCCCGUCGCGUACACCGCAAUCACUAAGAGGAAGAAGCGCGGCGAGCUUGGCUCAAACCAGUACAAGAGCGAGAAAGCGUUCUCGGCAGGAGGUGUUGUCGAGAUUCCGAUGACGAAGCGCUGGCAGCUGACGAACCGGUACAGGGGGCUCCAGUGCGAUGGAAUUCACAGCGACAUGCGCGCGAGGGAUCCGCUGUACUACGAUCUGCCUUGCCCGAAGGGCCCCGAGUCGUACGGCAAGUCCACGUACUGCAACUGGGUGGAGCCCUUCGACGACAGGGUGAGGGAGCACUGCCCCCAGUUCAUCGGCCUGGACGACCUGGUGCUGCAGAGCGGCCUGUUCGCCAUGUGCGCCGCCCAUGAGAGCCCCUUCUGCUACGCGCACACCGAGCGCAUCCGGUGA